AUGAGUGGCGACGAUCAGGCAGCACCCAGCUUUGGUGAUCCAAACGCUCGGCCACCAACUCCACAACGGACUCCAACUUCGGCCACAACGGCCGCCUCCUCGAGUCCUCUGCUCGAGACGCCCAAGCAGAAUUCGGGUCGUUUCGACGAGGCCACCGGCUGGACCCCUCGUUUUGCUGAGGACUACUCCGUCUUCAAUUCCACGCCCGGGAACCUGAGGGGCUCCUCAGGCGCGUUCCACUCGGACUUUGCGCCGCUGAGCCCAGUGGCUCCAGCAACGGGAAAGAAGCGUCCGCUCUCAGCUGAAGGGUUGGCCCUCGAGAUCGCUACCCAUGCCAACCACUUGUCGACGAAUCCCCAGAAUCUCCCGCCGGUUGACCCAUCGCGGCGUCUCCCCUCCUCGCCUGACCCCCUAACACUUACACACAGCGGCCCCAACGAGUCGAACCCCGCGCCGACAGCCUCGCAGCAGCCUGGCCAGCGGUCGGCCAAGAAGUUCCGGUCGAGCAGCUCCUCGGGAGCUCCCAGCAGGGACGCACCUCAGGCACAGACUGCCACCCCACCCCCGUCCUCCCGGGGUGGACGCAAGAUCGCGCCCAAGCUCCAGACCGACAUCAUGCAGCACCAGAACUUUGUGCAGCCGGACUUCUCGAAUGCGCCGCCGCCGCAGCACCCUCAGCUCGAUACAUCGUUCGUGACAGGGGGUCCGGAGGAUGUCUUUGGCUACCCAAUGGGUCCGGCCACGGCGCCACCAAUCACCGGCCCGAGGCCCUUCUGGGGGAUGGACAUGGACACGGCUGGGAUGGGCAUAGACGUAGAUAUGUCGGCUGCAGGGGCAGAGAUCUUCCAGAACUCCCAGGCGCAGGGACCAAGCGAUCAAACCCUCAACUCGUUGGAUUGGGGAAACGCAAAUCAAGCAUUCCAGCACACCAAUUUGGCUGGGCAGCAGCAGGAGCAGUCUCAGGUCCCGGCGGCCCAGCAAAACCAGUCGACAAGGCGUGAGCGCCCUCUCGCGCCGAAAGCCGUGACCACGUUGAGCCCCAAGUUCAGCCAGACAUCACCUGGUCAGAAUUAUUCUUUCGGCUCUUUCCAGAUGUCCAUGGACGAUCCGUUCAGCACUAGCCCUGGUGGAGUUGACCCUGGGUUGCUGUUUAGCCAGCAAUCGUCCUUGUCAAUGCCAAUGGAUCCAUCGCCACAGCGGCCUUCUUCUUCGGCCCCUAUUGUUAAUCCAGGGCCUAAUGAAUUGAGUGCGCCUGUGUUGACAAAUGAUAUUCGACGGUCCAAAAGCAUCGGGGCCCAAGGCCAGCGCAAUCAGCCGGCUCGCGCGCCGCCGGCGGUUUCUCCCACGAAGAGCGCCGCCGUCAAGCCAGGCCUGUCUCGAAGCUUCAGCGAGAGCUCCAAGCCCGGAAAGCGCACAGUUGGCGGUGGUCGGCCCCUGUUGCCCAACCUGGCUCCUGCGCCUGUGGCUGUGCAGCAGCAUAGUCUGCCACCUACUGUCGCCAGCCAGAAUAGCGCCUUGACGCACGCCCGAGGUGUGCGAUCCGGUGGGCGGAGAUCGCCUGUGAAGUCGUCGCAUCACCAUCGGCUGUCCAGUCUCACGUCGAUCCCCGAGAAUACCAUCAGAACACAGGCUCGGCAGAGAAGUGCCAAGUUGGCGUCUGUCAAGUUUGUCAUCGGCGAAGAUGGGCGGGCCCGCACCGAAACGGUCGUCGAUGAUGACGAGGACGACGUCGAGCCUGUCGUUCCCAGCAGCAACCAGCCAAGUAGCCAGCGCAAUUCCUGGUCGGGUCUUCCAGUCAAGCCCGACGUUGAAAACGACGAGUGCUCCUCUUCGUCGGACGAUGAACCCAUAAUUAUACCAAGUCGCAACACAUCAUUUAAUUUCCCCGAACCGCCACGGAGCUCGGGCUCCUCCAUGUCAAGGCCGCCCACCGCGACAAGCAACAUGUCGCAGAAUCGGCGGCAGCGCUCCGUCAGCGAACGAAGCUCUUUCUCUUCCUCCUCGUUCCGCCGCAACCCUCGGAACGGCCCGGCCGCCAGCCUUGUUGACCAUAUGGAAAUCGACCAACAAGAGGCGCCGCCGGCACCACCAUCGACCCGGCCGUCCACCGGCGGCAGCCUUGGAGAUGCCGCGGCAGAGCUGAGGAAGGUAAUGCAAGCGGGCACCGGCAAGCGUCCCGGCGUCCCGGCCGCGGCCCAAGUGGCAUCAACGGGCAGCGGGGGUGGCAGUACGCAUCGGCUGCGGCUAACGCCCGGCCAGAGGAGCAGCUCAUCGACUAUUUCGGCGACGCCGUCGCCGACGCACAACCCGAGCCAGGGACAAGUGCGGUGCGUGUGCAACCGGCCUGAGCCCGAAGUCGAUGGGCUGCUGCAUCUGAUCAAAUGUGACUCGUGCGACCACAUGCUGCACGGCCGCUGCGUCGAUGUCCCCACGCCGCAGGACGUCCCGCAUGUCUACAUCUGUGCCUUCUGCGCCAACACGCCUAACAUGCGCGGAGGACGGAUGCGGUACACCGGUAGGAACCAGAGUGACGGUGGUGGCGGUGGCGGGAUGAUGGGCCCGCCCGCUGCGCUGACCGCUGCGUCUGCAUCGUCGCCUCUGGCACACAAGUCGUUUCGAUCGUUUCGUUGA